GGGUCUGUCCGGAUUGACCUGCAUUUAACAAAAAACCAAAGGAAGGAAAUACAUAACUGGUAGACAAAAUGUCGACAUACCUUGCUCUUCGAGCACUUCUUAGCCCGCUCGCCCGCAAGACGGUCGCUCAGAUUCUCUGCGCUGGCAGUGGACUGAACGUAGUGCGAAAGUCUGCUCCAGCUAUUCGUGCCGUACCGGUAAGGUUUUACGCUGAGAAGGAAGUGUUCAAGCGUGACAAACCUCACUGCAAUGUCGGAACCAUCGGGCACGUCGAUCAUGGCAAGACAACACUGACCGCAGCCAUCACCAAGGUGUUGGCGGAUAAGGAUCUGGCCGAAAGCAAAAAGUACACCGAUAUCGAUAAUGCACCGGAGGAGAAGGCGCGUGGUAUCACGAUCAAUGUGGCACACAUCGAGUAUCAGACGGAAAACCGUCACUACGGCCAUACGGAUUGUCCCGGGCAUGCGGAUUACAUUAAGAACAUGAUUACCGGUACGGCACAGAUGGAUGGUGCAAUACUGGUGGUGGCCGCUACGGACGGUGCGAUGCCGCAGACCCGUGAACAUUUGCUGCUGGCAAAACAGAUUGGCGUCAAUCACAUAGUGGUGUUUAUCAACAAGGUUGAUGCGGCCGAUCAGGAGAUGGUGGAUUUGGUGGAGAUGGAAAUCCGUGAGCUUAUGUCGGAGAUGGGCUUCGAUGGUGAUAAUGUGCCGGUCAUUAAGGGAUCUGCACUGUGCGCGCUAGAGGGAAAGGAUCCAGAGAUUGGUGCUAAUGCCGUGAUGAAGUUGCUGGAGGAGGUGGACAAGUACGUGCCGACACCGGUGCGCGAGCUGGACAAACCGUUCCUGCUGCCGGUCGAAUCGGUACACAGCAUUCCGGGUCGUGGUACGGUCGUAACGGGCCGGCUGGAGCGUGGUAUGCUGAAGAAGGGUCAGGAGUGUGAAUUUGUUGGCUACAAUAAGGUUAUCAAGUCGACCAUCACCGGUAUUGAAAUGUUCCACAAGAUUCUCGAGGAAGCGCACGCCGGCGAUCAGCUCGGCGCACUGGUGCGUGGUAUUAAGCGUGACGAUAUCAAGCGCGGCAUGGUGAUGUGCAAACCGGGCACGAUGAAAGCGAACGAUAACUUUGAAGCGCAGGUUUACAUUCUCAGCAAGGAUGAGGGCGGUCGGCACAAACCGUUCACCAGCUUCAUCCAGCUACAGAUGUUCUCGCGCACGUGGGACUGUGCGACACAGGUACAGAUCCCGGGCAAGGACAUGAUCAUGCCGGGUGAGGAUGCCAAGCUGCAGCUGCGGCUGAUGCGACCGAUGGUGCUGGAACAGGGUCAACGGUUUACGUUGCGCGAUGGACACAUUACGCUCGGUACGGGUGUGGUGACGAAGCUGCUCGCACCACUCACGGAGAAGGAACGACUUGCCCUUACGGAGGGCAAGAAGGCACGCGAAAAGGCUGCCAGCGGUAAGGCGUAAACGUCG